AUGCAAGUGUGCACACCGCGCGUCAUCCUCCACCCUCAACCCCUCGUGCACACCUUCGUGCCCUUUCCCCUCUCCCCCCCCCCGUCUCCUCCGUGCCCCCCAUUCACCCCUGCCCUCUCCGCUCCAUCCUUUGCCACGCAAGUGUGUGAGGACCGCGUACCCGCAGACCGCAUGGUGCUGCGCAAGCUGGCGCAGGACAUGCGCGACUGGCCGCGCCUACGGGUGAGUGGGGUUCCCUCCCACCUGUCUCCCCCACGCUUCUCCCCUAACCCUCUCUCCCACCCCUCCCCCACAACCUUCUCCCUUGCGCCUCUCACUAUCCCCUCUUCCGUCUCCAACACCACUCUCCAUCACCUUCUCCUCACCUCACCCCUCUUCACGCCACUGUGCCAGGAGGAGCCAGGCGUGGAGGAGGAGGCAGAGGGACCCGGAGGGCAGCGCAAGUCGCGGUACGCGCAGAUCACGGACGUGGGGCUGUAG